AUGGCCGCCUCGCACCUGCUCGCGCCACCCACCACCAUCGUCCCUGGCGCGCUCUCCGCCCGCUUGCGCCCCGCCGAUCUUCCCCAUAUGCGCGCCACUGCCCUCUUCCCUCUAUCCCGCCUCGCCUCUCUCGCCCCUUUGGGCGUUUCCCGUCGAGCGCCACAGCCCGUGCGCGCAGCAUCAGCGGAUCUCCCCGCGCCAGCUCCGCCCAGCAGCCUGAGCGACCGCCGCUCGCUGCUACUCGGCGCGCUCGCCGCAGCUUCCGCCGCAAGUCUCGGCGCGGCCGGCGCGUCGCAGGCGGCGGAGUGCGAGCUGCAGGAGACGCCGUCGGGACUGCAGUUCUGCGACCAGGUGGAGGGCACGGGCGACGAGGCCAGCGCCGGCACGCGCAUCCAGGCGCACUACGCGGGGCGGCUGCUGUCAGGCGUGGUGUUCGACAGCAGCUACGACCGCGGGCGGCCGCUGGUGUUCCGUGUGGGCGUGGGGCAGCGCAGUGCGCGCCCACCUCUUACCCCAGCGCCUCCCUUCCUCCCUGUGCGUGCGGUGGUGGCGUGUGUGAGUGUUGUGUGGCAGGUGAUUCGAGGGUGGGACCUGGGCAUUCUGGGAGGGCCAGGAAUCCCGCCCAUGAAAGCAGGGGGCAAGCGCACGCUGCGCAUCCCAGCGGACCUCGCCUAUGGUAGCAGAGGGGCAGGCUGCAGGGGAGGCACGUGUCGCAUCCCCCCGGGGUCGGACCUCAUAUUUGACGUGGAGUACCUGGGUACUGCAUAG